UCCAAGUUUGGAGUCGCUCGGGGAUUUUUCAUUGUCGUGAUUCAUCAUUCAUGACUUGAUUGAUGAUUGAAUGAUUGGAUCUGAUCAUCAUCUUGACCGGAUCAUCCUCCAUCAUUCAAACUUUUCAAACAUAGUUAAAUUAUUCACAUUAGGCCUAAAUAAAUAAAAUAAUCACUCACUCACUCAGCAGUGAUCAUUCACAAUCUCUCUGCAAACUGAGUGAAUCCGGUCGUGAACACUUUUAGUUGCCGUUUCAUGUUCCUGGUAAAAUGUCAGGAAAAAUUGUACAACCAACCGGCCAAAAAAGAUUAACAAAUGUUGCUAUUGUGAGAUUAAAGAAAGGAGGAAAGAGAUUUGAAAUAGCUUGUUAUCCCAAUAAAGUCACUCAGUGGAGAAAUAAAAUAGAAACUGAUAUUGAUGAGGUGCUUCAGACACCUAAAGUUUUUACCAAUGUGUCCAAAGGCGAGUUUGCCAAACUGGCAGAUCUUAAAAAAGUUUUUGACAUGGAUGAUGAGUCUGAAAUUUGCAAACUAAUUCUCAGUAAGGGAGAGCUUCAAGUUUCUGAGAAAGAACGCGCAGCCCAACUGGACGAGAUGUUUCGUGAUAUCGCAACCAUUGUGGCUGAUAAAUGUGUUCAUCCUGAAACAAAAAGACCUUACCCUGUGACAAUGAUAGAAAAGUCUAUGAAAUCAAUGCAUUUCUCAGUCAAACCUUCCAAAAAUACAAAACAGCAGGCCCUUGAGGUAAUCAAACAGCUGAAAGAAACUGGAACACUAGAAAUACAGAGAGCCCAUAUGAAAUUAAGAGUUGUUGUUCCAGGUAAAUCUGGUAAGAAAGUCCGGGAGCAUCUACGAAAACUUGCACUUGAAAUAGAAGAAGACAGUUUUGAAGAUGACUUAGAAAUGGUUUUCUUAGUCGACCCAGGUUGCUACAGGGAAGUGUUUGACUUGGUGACAUCAGAAACCAAAGGGAAAGGUCAGGUUGAGAUGAUGAGCUUAAAGGAAGUGGAGGAGGGGGAGGAGAAGUUGUAGCAGUAGCUGUAACACAUGAUUCGACCUAUUGGCAUAAUGGACUGCAUGGCUUGUUGUGUCGUUAUCCUUGGCCCACUCUUGAGUUUUAUUUGAACUCGUUGCUUUAGUGAAGUGGUUUAUGGUGCUGUGUGUCCAGUGACUUGUGUCCAAACUACCAGUUUCAGCCACCACAAAUUUGUCUUGGUGAUGUUUCUAUUUACAAUCAAAAUACAGGAGUUUGUUACGUAUUUUGAAGCAUGCUUUAAUGCUACAGUAUGUAUAUUUUUCUAAAAAGAUAAAUAUUUAUUUGGAGCUAUUGUUUUUGCCCAACAGAAUACAAAACAUGGCAAAAUGGAUAUGAGAUUCAUAGCUUUCUAAAAGUUUGUCAUUCAUUUGCUGUGAAUGAUUGCAGUCAUUUAAUGUAAAUUUUAUGUAUUGUUAGUCUAUGAAGAGAUUACUUUAGUGGUUUAAUGUAGAUUUUAUGUAUUGUUAUACAAAGACAACAGACAAAGAAUUGUUCUGCAUUUACUAGAAAAUCAUUGAAUUUUGACAGUAUUGUGUGAGUGAUCCAUCAUUAUUCAUUCGAAUAACCCCAAAUAUCCCUUGUAUCCUUGUUUUUUAAAGUUUAAGUAAGCUACAUUUUUUCAGCAUGUUUUAAAAACAUUCUUCUGUUGUUUUUUUUUAAUGUUUCAGUAUUUUUCAUUAACAUUAAAUAAACAUUUAAACUUAAACCAGAUUUAUUUUCUAUAAUACCAGAAGAACUGCUGUUGCCUUCAAACCUAUUGUUUUAAAAUUAUCUAGGUAUAUGAACAUCUAUAAGGAGGCCAUAGCCUUCAGUGGGCUGUAGGGUCACACAAAUGAUUAUAAAACCUUGCUUAGUUCAUAUAUUCAACAUGAACAUUUGCAAAUACAAUAAGUAACAGUAUGAUAAAGAAGCAAAUUUU